AAGAACGCAAGGGUGUAUCUAGAAAACUUACAAAAAAGAGUGACAAGAUGGAAAAAACAAAAGAAAAACCUCAAAAGAAAAACCUCAAAAGAAAAACCGAAGAGGAACAAGAGAUUAAGGCGACCAUAUGCUUCUGCUCACAUCGCUUAAUGAAAGCUUAUCCGAAUCCACCAUCACAUCUCACGCCUCGAAAGAAUGCGAAAGCUUGCCAUAGUAAAACCGUUCAUUUCAAGCACAUAUCCGUUUUGAUUUAUUGAAGGUGGGGGGAGGUGGGCAGUGGUGAUUGGCACCAUUCGAGUAUCUGUAUCUAUUAUUAGAGCGUUGGACCGUCCGUAAUUCAGAAGCUGGCCCCAAACCCAGGAAUUUAAUAUUAUUCAAUGAUAAUUCGUAUUUGUGGUCAAAGGUCUGGUAAAUAAACAGAACUAAACAGUGCUGGUAUCCGGGCUUUAACUAAAAAAGCUGAACCCAAUUAAUCCAGUUAACGUCUGCUGCUGAGACCUAAUGGAUAGAAUACAAACUUGGUUUCUAGGCAUUUGUUGAUUAACCGAACACUAAAAGAGGUUUC